CUCCAGCUGAGCCUGCGGCCCGACGCCUGGCGCCCCUCUCCCAGCCUCCGACACCCGGGCCACCUCCUCCUCCCCCGGAUCAUUUCCCUCCUCCUCCUUUUCUCCUCCCCCGCCUCUUCCGUUUCUCAAGAGAAAGGCUGUAGCCUCCUUCUCGGCUCCUCAUCCCCGGCUUAGGUAAUACGUUUUCCUCUUUACGCCAGCCACCGGCUCCCCCGCCACCAUCUCCCUCCUCCUCGGAUCUGGGGCUGGGGCUGGCUGAGCGGCGCGCGUUCCAUCGCCUCUCCGGAGGGUAGCUGACAGCCCAGAGAGUGGGAGCCGAUUCCACCAGAAGCUGCCACUGAAAACCAAAGUUCAGAAAUGUCAGAGAUCCUCCAGGAACUGCUCCGUGUCUCAGAGAAAGCUGCCAACAUCGCCCGGGCAUGCAGGCAGCAGGAAGCUCUCUUCCAGCUGCUCAUUGAAGAAAAGAAGGAGGGAGAAAAGAACAAGAAGUUCACAGUUGAUUUCAAGACCCUGGCUGAUGUACUGGUGCAGGAAGUUAUAAAACAGAAUAUGGAGAACAAGUUUCCAGGCUUGGAAAAAAAUAUUUUUGGAGAAGAAUCCAAUGAAUUUACUAAUGAUUUGGGGGAAAAGAUUAUCAUAAAGCUGUGUUCGACAGAGGAAGAAACAGCCCAGCUUCUUAGCAAAGUCCUUAAUGGUAACAAAUCAGCAUCUGAAGCACUAGCCAAGGUUGUUCAUCAGGAUGUCACCUUUGCUGAUGCAGCUCUGGAUUCCAUAGUGAUCAACAUUCCACAGGACCUUAUGGGAAUUUGGGUGGAUCCCAUAGGAGUGCCUCUCAUGGGAGUCAUCAAUCAACCUUUUGUGUCACAAGACCUAAACACUCUCAGUUGGAAAGGACAGUGCUACUGGGGCCUUUCUUACAUGGGGACCAACAUCCAUUCACUUGAGCGGGCCAUCUCUAAAAGAAAUGGCAGUGAAAAGCGAACUGAGAACUCCAAUCCUGAGUCAGAGUCCUCCUCGGCUUUUUCAGCAGUCAUCAGCACUAGUGAGAAGGAGACCAUCAAGGCCGCAUUAGCCCGCGUGUGCGGAGAGAGGAUCUUCCCGGCAGCAGGGGCUGGUUACAAGAGCCUCUGUGUUGUCCAAGGCCUCGUUGACAUUUACAUCUUUUCAGAAGACACCACAUUCAAGUGGGACUCUUGUGCUGCUCAUGCCAUCCUGAGGGCCAUGGGCGGGGGAAUAGUGGACAUGAAAGAAUGCUUAGAAAGGCAUCCAGACUCUGGGCUGGAUUUGCCCCAGCUGCUGUACCACCUGGAAAAUGAAGGUGCCACUGGGGUGGAUCGCUGGGCCAACAAGGGAGGACUCAUUGCUUACAGAUCCAGGAAGCGGCUGGAGACAUUCCUGAGCCGCCUCGUCCAAAACCUAGCUCCUCUGGAGACACAGGCAUAGAGGUCUCUGGCCUCAAAGUACAUAUAAGCCAAACUGCAACUGUUAUUUCUAUCUUUUGAAGAUAGUUUUGUCCUAUUGUUGGCUAACAUUCACCUUCCUCUUUUGAGGAAUAUUUUUCCAUUAUGUGUUCAUAAUGUUCAUUUCAGUAAAUUAAUGACAUUCAUGCAAUAAAUUGAUGUAUGAUAUUCUUACAGUGAAUAUGGUGUUAAUGUUGCUUGAAACUUAUUCAAUAAAAUAUUGAAGAAAGAGGAAAAAUCCUAUUCAAUUCGCAGAACUACUCUAAACCUCUAAGUUAUAGAAGAACGGUCACUGAAAUAUUAGGGAGAAUACAGGAGGGGUUUGCAUGGGUUCUGUUUCCUGUCCUGAAGGGAAAAAUCUGCCUGUGUGGAACAUUCAGAACUGUAAAUUUCCAUAAAAUGUAGCAAAAUCCAUGUACUUUCAAUAGUAUUGUUUCUCCUGAGAAGGAAAGUCUGGGAGCACUGUGGAUUCCCCUCCCACCUGCUCAGAGACAGUGAGGUAAUUAGAGAAAAGGAAUUAGAUAGAAAUCCUCACAGUGAGUGGGAGAGAUGCAAGGUGGCAGGAUGCAGAGGAAGGAAGUGCCAUUGAGAGAGAAGGGCAAGGACCAUAGAUACACAGAGACCCAAGAGAGACAUUUCUGCAUACGGAAUGGAGUAGAGAUUUCUACGACUUUUGUAUAUUUACUACACAAGAGGUAGCUUUGUGUGUACCAGUUCCCAUAUUGAUUAUUCUCUGAUGUGAACAUGAACCGUGGUUAUUAGGUUUUUGUUUUUGUCUUUGUUAGCUGCCCUGUCAACCCUGUAGUGCCUACCAAAGGGAAUCAAUCAAUCAAUUGGCGCUGUUCACUGUGCGCCC